AUGGGUAAGCUCAACUUUCACUUUGGCGGUGGAAGCGGCUCCAAGGCGAAGCCCAAGGCUUCUCCUGAACCCCCUCCAUCUAAACCGCCGACUGCAGCGGAGCCACCAAAGCCACCCUCGCCUCCUCCACCACCACCACCACCGACUCCCGCAAAACCACCAACACCACCAACAACCAGUACCUCCGGCGAGACAGAUCCUAAUCCAGCAACACACUCAACACCCAGCACUUCUGGCGAAGCCGGUCCUAAUCCGGCAGAAUCUCAUAACCCCGCAACGCAUACAACACCUGGCAAUUCAGAAGAGGAUACCCAUGCGGCAGAGCCUCAUAAUCCUGCAACGGGCACUUCUGGCGAAUCCGCUACUUUACCCUCACACCCAUCCAACUCCCAAACAGAACCACCGAGCGACACCCCCGGAUCGUUUCCCUUCAACCAACCCGCUGGCCCAGGCCUCGGUACAACAGUGCAUCCGUCAAACGAAAACUAUGGCGAGCAGCCCAGUGGCCAACAAGGGAGCGAUCUAGGUACUUACAUUGAUGGAAUAGCCCAAAUCAGCCAAUCCGGUCUGCCACAGAUGAUAUUGCAAAACACGGUCUUCCAUAACCAGAAUCCAUACAACAGUGAGUACCCACCGUACGGCGAGACAGGCGGAGCUGAGGGCUACGACGAUUACUCUGGCGAGGGAGGAUAUGACGGGGAAUACGAUCCAGGAGUAGCUCAGAACAUUCCUGAGGGAACCACGGAUACCUACCCGGACACGAGCACCGAUGCGUAUCCAAGUACAGCCACCGAUGGCAACGCAGGUGCGACCACAGAUGGCUAUCCCAACACGAACGUCGACGCCGACCAGAGUACGAACGUGGGCGGGAACACCGACGUCGACAACGAGGAUGGCGCAUACCAGGACGAUGACGAGACAUAUGAGGAUGACGAGACCUACGAGAAUCCUGACCCCCAGGACGAAGACUACGACUAUGAUGACGCCGAUCCUGACUACCUAGCUUCCAACGAUGACGACGACUUGGGAGUCCAGGGUGAGACCGACGUUGACAGCACAGAAGAAUCACCUGCGGAUGAUGAUUACUCUGGCAAUGCUACUGCCCUGGGGAAUGCGGGCGGUUCAACUCCCAGCGCAGCGUUCCCUCACCAGCCUCCCGGUGCGAGGAUUGGAGUUACCGUACAGUGA